AGAAGGUCUGGGAGCCGCGGCGUGUGUCUCAGACACAUGGGCACAAAAAGGAACUUGGGCUGUCGGUUUGUCUGGGAUUUAUGCCCACAGCACACCGGAGUGAAGCAAAGCAUCCCAGGCUGGUCCUAGACCCAAUUAACGGGAGCCGCGGACCAUGAACUGGGGUGUCUUCGAAGGGCUCCUGAGCGGGGUGAACAAGUACUCCACGGCCUUCGGGCGCAUCUGGCUCUCCCUGGUCUUCAUCUUCCGGGUGCUGGUCUACGUGGUGGCGGCGGAGCGGGUGUGGAGCGACGACCACAAGGACUUCGACUGCAACACGCGCCAGCCCGGCUGCUCCAAUGUCUGCUUCGACCACUUCUUCCCCGUCUCCCACAUCCGCCUCUGGGCCCUGCAGCUCAUCCUGGUCACCUGCCCGUCCCUGCUGGUGAUCAUGCACGUGGCCUACCGGGAAGCCAGGGAGCAGAAGCACCGGGAGGUCGUGGGCGAGAACUGCCACCGGCUCUACCCCGACCUCGGCAAGAAGCGGGGAGGGCUGUGGUGGACCUACUUGCUCAGCCUGGUCUUUAAGGCUGCUGUGGACGUGGUUUUCCUCUACAUCUUCUACCGGUUCUACAAGAACUACACCCUCCCCAGCGUGGUGAAGUGCGAGAUCCCCCCGUGCCCCAACAUCGUGGACUGCUUCAUCUCCCGGCCCACGGAGAAGAACAUCUUCACCCUCUUCAUGGUGGUCACGGCCUGCCUCUGCAUCCUGCUGAGCGUGGUGGAGGCCUGCUAUCUGGUGGGGAAACGGUGCCACGAGUCCCUGCUGUCCAGAAGCAAGAGCAGCCGGAGGGAAACCAGGCAGUUCAGGAGCAUCGUUCAUAACAAGGACUGCUCCCUCUCCCACAGCGAGCAGGACAGCUUCGAGCUGGGAGGGCAGGUUUUCCACGCGGCGGAUUGCAAGCUAGUCAUGGCUCCAAACACAGCCAGUUCCCAGAUAGGAGAAGAUGUUAUCUCCUAAGCAGAGGGAAAGACUUGGGGAGGCUGUCUCCGUGCAGAACGGCCCUCGUUCGAGACCAGCCCUCCUUGUUGGCCAUGCCUAGAUGUCACGAGCCAAGAUCAGACCUGGCCUCUGCUGGCAGCUCUGCUCCCAUCACACGCCCGGGUGUUAAGGACAUUGGGUGCUUCCCCCUGCGUUGCAUUGGUCUGGUGGAAGUAAGUGGACUCAGGCACUUUAGAGAAGAAUGGCCUUGCUAGUCAGCGGGAAGUUCUAUAGGAACCACGGGCUGGAGAGAAGCAAGGGGAAGGGGAAUGUUCAGAGGAGGUUGUGAAGGCCAAGACUAUAACAGGGUUCAAAUGAUAGGUCCAUCAAUGGCUAUUAGCCAGGCUGGGCAGGGAUGGUGUCC